AUGGAUUUGGAUGUCAGAGCGAGCCGAACAAGUCGUGUUACCAUGCUUCAUGAAGGAUUGCAGAGUCUGCUCGCCAGCAAUGAAUGCUGCGACAUUGUGUUUGUCACUUGCGAAGAGCAGAUUGAAGCUCAUGCUGUGGUCUUGGCUGCAAGCAGCCCAAGCUUCUGCAAGUACUUGCGUCAGACUUCCAUGCAUGGACCCUCUAAAGAUUCCGUGGCCGACCAAGACAUGGAGGAGUUGUUCACGACCAUCUCGCCUGCUCCCACCGCGGCUGAGGAGCCGAAAGCGGGUGCUCCUGAAACGGCCGAGAGCUCCGCAGGUGAUGCCACGGAGGGCACCUCAGCGAGAGAGCCCAUGGAUCCCGCGGAGCCCGCCCAGCCCGCGGAGCCCGCCCAGCCUGCAGAGCCGAAGGAGGAGCCCGGAAGCGGCACCAGCACAGGCCCCGAGGUCCAAGCACAUGUCGAUGCGAUGGAGGUGGAUGCUUCCAAGUUGGAGGAGGCCGGAGCGGCAGCAGCCCCUGCGACCCUGAGUGCCUCGAGUGAGAAGGCAGACAAGAUCCGUGUUCAGGUCAAAGGUCUUUCUUCCUCGGAGGCGAUGCGCAUCCUCCUUGACUACAUCUACAAAGGGAGCUGUGCUGCCGGCUGGGAGUACAAGGCCAGCAAUGCGCAGGUCAACAAGGAGGUUCUACGCCUGGCAAGACACUUCGGAUUCUCACAGCUCCACGAGCACGCGGCGAGGUGGCUUGCAAGGGGCCUGACCACCGAGAACGUUGUGGACCGCCUGGUUACGUGUGAGGAGUUUGGACUCGGCCUGCUGCGAGAGAAGAUCACAGAAAGGCUCGCUCUGAAGCCCGCUGAGAUGAUGUUGGUGUGCAGCAGCCCGGAGAUCACCAAGCACCCGCGGAUCUUGCAGGACCUCCUCGUGCAAGUGGCAUCACUGAAAGACAGGCCUGCCCCCAAGAGCAGCGCAGAGGUAGUCGAGGAGGAGCCGGAGGAGAAGCCGGAGCCAAAACCGGAGCCCAAGGAGGAGAAGCCCGCAAAGGCUGAGAAGGCCGAGCGGCUGGAGAAAGACAAGCACGAGCCCGAGAAGCCUGAGAAGCCAGAGAAGCCCGAGAAGCCCGACAAGAAGCGCGAAAAGGCCGAGAAGCCAACGAAGCAGGCAGAAAGACAAGCGGGCAAGAAGCGCAAGGCUGGGUCCUAG